AUGGAGCCGUUGAAAACAAUGGUUGUUAGUCAUAUUAUAAGUGAUGACGAGGAGCUCAAAAAGCAAUUUGGAAAAUUGACCUCUGAUGAGAAUUGCGAAAUUCAAGGCUGGAUUACGAGCAAACCUGUGGAGAUACUAGGAAAGCUACACCACGCCCCCCGAGUCAUCGGACCUAGUGACCAUUUGAGCGCAGUUAUCGUCGAUCCCAACUGGGGGACGGGUCUUGCGAAGAUCAUUUUUAAGGGGCAGGAACGCGAGACUCUCCACACCCGCAGCCAUGGCGGGGAUGAAGCAGUUAUGAUCUUUUUACAGCCUGGGUUCCAUUGUGUUAUCACAGGCCGUGGUCUUCUUGUUUCCUUGAAACCUCCGAUGUUCUAG